CGCCGUGUGUCUUCUGUGGUGUAUAUCUGUUUUUUCCUGCCUGUACAUCUCGCCUCUCCUCCGAAAAGCCCCCGUUCGCAAAAAGACCUCAACAGCACUUUUUUGCGUCGGCACUUUAUGGACUAGACGACUCGCGUCUGUCUUCUUGCCCUCGUUUCGCCCGCCGAACUAGAUGUCUCGCGCUCUGACGGAAAGGAACGGCAUCGAGCAGACAUCUGAAGCGCGCUUUUCGACAGUGCACUCUCAAAACAUCCUUGCGAAGUUCUGUUUUGACUGUCUGCCUCUGUCGGAGAACGGGAAGGGCAACCGCGGGGCAGUGUGUCGUUUCUGCCCAUUCUCUCACGUUUCGCGCGCCGCCUCGAUUUCUCCAGGUGACGGAGAAGGACGUCUGGAGAGUUUCGCGAGCUCCAUCAGAGUUUUCUGUUCUGUUGUCUGUCGAGGAAGCCGCUCGCUUCUUUCCGGGGAAGGCUUCUCUUCCGAGGACGACGCGCGCGAGCCCAAGCUGCGAACCACCGCGUGGUGCUCGCGCCGAACAACCCUUUUUCUCUCGCCUCCUCCCCCAAGAAGAGUCUUGGUUCUCUUCGGCGUCCACUGUCGGUGCGCGGAGGACCGUGUUUGCGUGGCUUUCGUCCGUGUCAGUCUGGAAAAUCCCCGCGUUUCUCGUCUUCAGAGAGUGCACCAAAGGUUUGUGCGUGAGAAAUCGCCGACUUUCUGUCCGUCCACGCUCGGCUGCGAAGCAAGCAGCACGGGAGAGAGGGAGGUACACAUUUCUGCACAUCCACCUGUGUGUUCGCCCGGAUCGACAAGAGGAAUUGUUUUUUCUUUCUGUCUUCUUCCCGUCUGCUUUUCUCGCGUGUCUGCGCGUCGACAGACUGUUCUCCUCGCGCUCUGCCAGUCGAUUCCCUCCGUGUUUUGCCGUUUCCUCCCACCUUGUUUUCAGACGUCCUUGUUCCGUCUGGCGCCUUGCUCUGCGCCGCCCGCCUUCUUUUUUCUCACGAGUUCUCGAAAGCCUCCGAGCGCGCGCACAAGAAGACCCGUUUCCUUCGAAAAAACGCUAAAACCGCCUGCCUUGCGUCGCUGUCUCUCGCACAAACGCCCCGCUGCUCUCAAGCGACGGCGCGCCUCCGGUCCGCCGUCCCCAGUCUGUCCACCGCGAGAGUACGCUUUUCUCCCCUCGGUUUCCUCCUCGCUUCUCCGGCGUCUCCGCGUCCGGCUUCCCUUCCAAACAGACUUCCUCUCUCUGCAAGCGACAGGCGCUUCUGCGCGUUCCUCUUUCCUGGGCAAGAUGGGUUUGAGCGUCAGCCGCCUCUGGAGCCGCUUGUUCGGAAAACGCGAAAUGCGUAUUCUGAUGGUCGGCCUGGACGCAGCUGGAAAAACCACCAUUCUGUACAAACUCAAAUUGGGCGAAGUCGUCACCACAAUCCCCACCAUUGGCUUCAACGUAGAAACUGUGGAGUACAAAAACAUCUCCUUCACGGUAUGGGAUGUCGGUGGACAGGACAAGAUUCGUCCUCUGUGGCGCCACUACUUCUCCAACACUCAUGGUCUGAUUUUCGUCAUCGACAGCAACGACAGAGAUCGCAUUGAAGACGCUCGCGAGGAGCUGCACCGAAUGCUCAACGAAGACGAGCUGCGAGACGCAGUUCUUCUGAUCUUCGCGAACAAGCAGGAUCUGCCGAACGCGAUGACGGCGGCGGAAGUCACAGACAAACUGCAUCUGCACAGCAUCCGCCACCGCAACUGGUUCAUUCAGUCCACCUGCGCCACCACGGGAGACGGUCUCUACGAGGGUCUCGACUGGCUUUCCCGUACUCUUGCGCAGAAAAACAUCGAUUAGAGGCAGUUGCACUUCUCUUCCUGGAUCUGUCGAUCGACGCCGCUUCCGUUGUUUGUGUUUUAAAGAAUCGAUGGAGAGAAAUGCGUUCUCUCUCGUCCUGAGAGUCUGCCGUCUUUUUUUCGUGUGCAUGCGCUCGCUGCAGCAGUGAGCUUCUGUUCUCCCCUAGCGAAGCAACAACGCUGGAUUUUCAGAAACAAACCAAGAGUUUCUCGGGGUCGCCAACUCCAGUCUAGCUGUCUCUCGUGUCUCUGGAAAACGGCCGUUUUCGCCGGACAGGAGUGAGAGCGACACUCUGCCUUCGUCCGUUGGUGCGGGGCCAUUUCCACUGUCCUCUCGCGGCUUCGGCUGCUCCCUUGGUCUCCGAUUCUGCUUCACGGAUAGCGCCUCGCAAAGCCUGUCAGGAUGAGGGAGUGGAGUCCGUCGACGUUUGACUCCACACAACUUACGCUAGAGCAAACGAAAACUCGAUUUAAAUGGCUGAGGCGCUGCCGAGUGCAGUCAAGUGCAGUGACGCCCGCGACACAAUAAUACUGAAGACACUC